GUGUCGGUCACACCGAUUAGUUUGUUCAGUUUUGUUUUCUCUCGUCUUGCUUGCUGGUCGGCGUUUUGCUACGUUUCGUCUUUUCGUAACCGCAAUUUCUCAAACAGUUCACAACAACAAAGUGCGAAAUUCGAAAUUUCUUGUUCUCAAUAUAAUCUAAGAGCACCUGUCCAAGCAUUACCGCUAAUUUAAAGAAAACAAACAAUAAGUUAACAAAGUAGUUACAACUUUAAAACCUCAAAAGCAGAAACCAACAACGAAGCGAAUUCUGGCAACAAACUAUAGAGCAAAAUUAAAACAACAUAGUAUAAUAGGAAGAAACCUACAUACUAAUAACGGGGCUGAUAACUCAACUCAACAACAACUAGAAGAAGAAGUAGAAGAAGAAGGCGAAAAGGAAGAAGAAGAAGACACAUAUUAAAUUAAAAGAUGUCAUUUCGCGUGGUUCGCAGCUCAAAGUUUCGUCACGUCUAUGGACAGUCGUUAAAACGGGAGCAAUGUUACGAUAAUAUUCGCGUCUCCAAGUCCAGCUGGGAUUCCACAUUCUGUGCGGUUAAUCCAAAGUUCUUGGCCAUCAUUGUAGAGUCGGCGGGCGGCGGUGCGUUCAUUGUAUUGCCACACAACAAAGUUGGACGCAUUGCAGCUGAUCAUCCACUGGUCGGUGGACACAAAGGUCCAGUUUUAGAUAUUUCGUGGUGUCCACACAACGAUAAUGUCAUUGCCUCUGGAUCUGAGGAUUGUGUAGUCAAGGUGUGGCAAAUACCCGACGGCGGUUUAUCGCGCACACUCACCGAACCAGUUGUGGAUCUGGUUUUCCAUCAGCGUCGCGUUGGUCUCGUCCUUUGGCAUCCCUCGGCGCUCAAUGUAUUGCUCACCGCCGGCUCUGACAAUCAGGUAGUCAUAUGGAAUGUGGGCACUGGUGAGAUUCUUGUGCACAUUGAUUCGCAUCCGGAUAUUGUGUACAGCGCGUGCUUCAAUUGGGAUGGUUCCAAGCUGGUCACCACAUGCAAGGAUAAAAAGAUACGCAUCUACGACCCGCGCAGCGGCGAACUGGAGAGUGAGGCAAUGUGUCAUGAGGGCUCCAAGGCCACACGUGCUAUCUUUCUACGUCAUGGAUUGAUUUUUACCACCGGUUUCAAUCGCAGCUCGGAACGUCAGUAUUCGCUGCGUGCUCCGGAUGCCCUAAGCGAGCCCAUUGUCAUGGUGGAGCUCGACACAUCAAACGGUGUCAUGUUCCCAUUGUAUGACGCGGAUACGAAUCUGAUUUAUCUGUGCGGCAAGGGCGAUUCUGUGAUUCGUUAUUUCGAGGUGACACCGGAGCCUCCAUUUGUGCACUACAUCAACACAUUUCAAACUCCGGAUCCACAGCGAGGCAUUGGAUUGAUGCCAAAGCGUGGCUGUGAUGUUACCACCUGCGAAGUUGCCAAAUUCUAUCGUCUGAACAAUAAUGGUCUAUGCCAGGUCAUAUCGAUGACAGUGCCGCGCAAGUCUGAUCUCUUCCAGGAGGACCUCUAUCCUGAUACGCUGGCGGAAGACGCCGCAAUCACGGCCGAAGAGUGGAUAGCUGGCAAGGAUGCCGAUCCGUUGACAUUCUCCCUCAAAGAUCGCGUUUCUAUUGUACAGGGUGGCUAUGUCUCAUCAUCCGGCAACAAGUCGCUUUCGCUCAGCAAGAAGGAAAACAUACUGAACAAGGCGUCCGCCUCAAGAGGAGGUGGUGGAGGCGGUGGUAAUUAUUCACCCGCCAACAACAACGAGUCCAAUGAUGGUGGUGCGCCCGCAGCGAUAUUUACGGAAAAGGAUCAUCGCAAUAUUCUGGAUGAGAUUCGCAAGCUGAAGGCUAUUAUUGUGAAACAGGAGAAUCGGAUACGCGCCCUGGAAGCAAAGGUCACUGCAGCCGCCGGCGAUGAAACGGAUGCCCGCAACAGCAACAAAAAUGGCAGCGGUUCAACUGCAGCAGCAACAGCGGCAGCAGAUAGCAGUCAUGUUAGUGAAAGUGCCAAUGAUCAUGCCGCAUCCACUGCGUCAGCAAAAGCGGCGGACAAUGCACAUGACGAGGAUCCAAAAACGGACCCAGAUGCGGCGCCUCAAAAACAAGUAGUGGAUGCUGUAAAGAAAGUGUUUUACAUAUCCGACAACUUGUUGCAUGCCGAUGAUGACCACCGAAUGUGCUUGGAGCGCUUCUAUCACCCAGGCAAGGGACAGUCUGCCAUGUUUGUGACGCUUGGGGAUCGCAGCAUUAUGGAGUUGUUAGAGUACGGAGAGCCUCGUCGCAGCUGGCUGCUUAACAACGAAGUCUGCUCAAAUGGCCGCAUUUACAUGACGACGCCAAUCGAUGCCACCCUCCUCGCGCUCCACCAUCUCCGCAAGCAUUGCUCACAACGCGCCAUGUCGCUGGACAGUAUUAACGUUGAUGGGAACGAUGCCAGCACAAACCGCCUACUUACCAAAUUUGUAAGCGCCGCCAGUCUCAAGUGUGUGGCAGAUGUAAAGACCUCCGGUGAGCUGAUCUUCUACAAGUACAACGCGGAUCGUACGCUGGCCUGGCUUGCUCUGAAAACGCGCCAAGUUGUGUCCGUGCUAAAGGCAAAGCAAGUACACUGCGGACUCGGCGCCAAAUCGCAGAACUAUGUGCGGAGCGAGAAACUGGUGACGGAAAAUGAUGUCAAUGAAAUGGAUUACAUGCGCAUGGCCUGUGACUAUGUGGGCCGCUAUCUGGAUGCGGACUUGCACGAAGAACUUAAUCGUUAUUUGCACAUACCAAGUGAAAUCCAGGCGAUGGUUGAGGAGAAGUCCACAGCGCAGAAAAGAAAAUCCCAGCAGGGUCAACAAAGCGCAAAUAGCAAAAAGAUGAAACUCGCAAGCGGUGACAAUGGAAGCGUCGAUGCUGCAGCCCAACUGAGGAAUAGCAGUCUGCUGGACGAUGAUGAUGCCAAGGAAUCUAUUACGUCGCCCACAACACCGGCUCCGCUCAAGGAGCGCACCAUGACUGCCAAAGAGAAGGCGCUGGCCAAGGAGCUAAAAAUAUGCUGUCUGAAGAAGGAAGAGUUACAAGUCAUGUCAGCGGAUGGUGAAUCGGCGACUGAUCCACAAGCCUGCCCAGAAAUUGGAGAAGUGGCGGCCGCAUUGGCAGCAUCCUGGGAGACUACAACAGUCAGCAGCGAGCCGAAUGAUCAGAAGGAGCAGGAAGUGUUCAAGGUGCCAUUACCUGUGAAGGAUGCUGGCAACCAGGAGGAGAAGAAAGAGAAGGUGGAUACAUUGACGCCUGGCUAUGAGCACAAGCAUACGCUGGCGGGUCAUAUGUAUUACAUUAGUGCGGUAAGAUUCUGUCCUCGUGGGGAUUGGCUGGCCAGUGGAUCGACCGAUAGAUUCCUCAAGUUGUGGGACGUGGGCACGGGUCAGUUGAUUAAAUCCCUGCAGGGACACGUGCUGGGCAUCAACGAUUUGAAUUGGUCGCCGGAUAGUAAAUGCCUUAUCAGCUGCAGUGAUGAUAAGACCAUCAAGCUAUGGGAUCUCCGCAGUGGCAAUUGCCUCAGGACAAUGCAGGGACACAAGGAUCAGGUCUUUGCCUGCUGUAUGCAUCCUCAAUCGAAUCUGAUCGCAUCCAGCAGUAUGGACUGCACCUUCCGACUCUGGGAUGUGCGUAAUGGCAGAUCCCUCAAAGUGGUGCCCGCCCACAUGGAUCCGAUAUCAUCGGUGGACUUUAAUCGAGAUGGCAAUCUCCUUGUCACCGGCAGCUUCGAUGGACUCGUUCGCAUCUGGGACACCAUCAGUGGCCAAGUGCUGAAGACCCUCAUCGAUGAGGACAACUCGCCCGUUGGCUAUGUGAAAUUUGCACCAAAUGGCCGAUAUAUACUGGCCGCCUAUCUGAACAGUCAGAUCAAGCUGUGGAACUUUCAGAAACCCAAAUGCCUGCGCAUCUACAAAGGUCACACAAAUCUGAACUACUGCAUCUCUGUGAACUUCUCUGUGACGGCUGGCAUGUGGAUCGUCUCGGGCAGCGAGGAUAAUGCCCUGCACAUCUGGAGUCUGCAGAGCAAGAAGCUCGUCCAGAAACUGAAUGCCCACAACCAGGUGCUCAUCUGCACCGAUUGCCAUCCCAACCAGAAUUUGAUUGCAACCGGCGCCUUGCAAUGCGAGGCGAAUCUUAAGCUUUGGCAAAGCAGCGAAACUUCCUUGACUUGAUAUUU